GUAAUACCGGCAGAUUCCGUCACUCCCCGGCGUUUAUCCGGCCGGGCGUUUCUUGAAAUUUCUCCGAUACAUGCGACUCUUAUACAAUAACUGAGCUUCGGAGAAAAGGGGACCGGAAAAAAUGGCGGCUUUGCAAUCCACACAGUCUCAGUUCAUGACCGGCACCGGCAAUCGGAGCCUCCCCAGUGAACCGCUCAUUGAUAACAUUGAAUGCGACCAGAUUGUUGUUCCCGACAAGAAGAGCUGGAAAAACUUCUUUGCAUAUUUGGGUCCAGGCUUCCUUGUGUGCAUUGCCUAUAUUGACCCUGGAAACUUUCAGACAGAUCUACAGGCUGGGGCCCAAUACAAAUAUGGGUUACUAUGGAUCAUAUUAUUAGCUUCAUUUGCAGCCCUUCUAAUCCAAUCCCUUGCAGCAAACCUCGGAGUCGUCACUGGGAAGCAUUUAGCUGAGCACUGCAGAAAGGAAUACCCGAAGGUGCCGAAUUUCCUCCUAUGGGUUCUUGCAGAAGUUGCCAUUGUUGCCUGCGACAUUCCAGAAGUGAUUGGAACGGCAUUUGCUUUGAACAUGCUCUUCAAGAUACCGCUAUGGUGUGGUGUGCUCAUCACAGGGUUCAGCACAUUAAUUCUGCUACUAUUACAACAAUACGGGGUGAGGAAGCUUGAGAUACUCAUAGCUUUCUUGGUGUUCACCAUUGUUGUGUGCUUCUGUGUUGAGCUCAGAUACGCGAAGCCGAAAUCCUCUGAGGUUCUUGAAGGGCUUUUUGUUCCUCAACUCAAGGGAACCGGGGCCACUAAACUCGCCAUUUCCCUUCUUGGCGCCAUGGUUAUGCCGCACAACCUCUUUCUCCAUUCGGCUCUUGUGCUAUCCAGAAAAGUUCCAAGGUCUACAAAUGGAAUCAACGAGGCUUGCACGUGUUACAUGGUUGAGAGCGGCAUAGCGUUAAUAGUUGCGUUUGUGAUUAACAUUUGUGUCAUUUCUGUGAGCGGCGCGGUUUGCAAUUCCCCAACUUUGAGCGUUGAGUAUCAACAGAGCUGCUCCGACUUGGACCUCAACAAAGCCUCUUUUUUACUCAAAAAUGUUUUGGGCAAUUGGAGUUCAAAGCUUUUUGCGAUUGCUUUGUUAGCUUCGGGACAGAGUUCUACGAUCACGGGGACGUACGCUGGACAAUACGUUAUGCAGGGGUUUUUGGAUUUACGGUUGAGGCCAUGGAUUAGGAACAUGCUAACAAGGGGCUUAGCCAUUGUUCCAAGCCUAAUUGUUUCAAUUAUCGGUGGUUCAACUGGUGCGGGAGACUUAAUCAUCAUUGCUUCGAUGAUCUUAUCAUUCGAACUCCCAUUUGCUCUAAUUCCUUUGCUCAAGUUCACCAGCAGCAACACCAAGAUGGGCUCACACGCCAACUCAAAAUUGAUAUCCGCGGUCACUUGGGUGAUCGGGUCGUUGAUCAUGGGAAUCAACAUAUACUACCUCGCGGAGAAACUAGUGACCACCCUCAAGAAGAAGAGCCAGCUCGAGCUCGCGGGCAAGGUGUUCUGCGGAGCGCUGGGCUUCGGGGCGUUGUUGGUCUACUUGGGCAGCAUCGGGUACCUGGUCACGAGGAAGAACAGGGAACGGACCCACAACCUCCUCGAAGGCUCGCGAAAUUGCGGCGAGCCGAGGCUGCCCCGGGAGGACAUCGUGAGCAUGCAGCUGCCCGAGAAGGCGGUGUCCUCGUCCGAGGUGGAGUGAUGGGGAGGGAGCCAUAUAUGUCUCCAUCUUAUUAUGUGGUUAGAAAAUGUGCUGUUAGGUAAUAUGUGUGGAUUUAGUGACAUACUCAUCCUUAUUGCGUAAUACUCCGGAAUAAAUAAGCUAGUAGUAA